AUGCUGGAAUAUAACUGGUACGGACAGGGGUCUUUUGGCCGGAUGAAAAGCUCGGUGUCGUCCCACGUUAGCCCGGGACAGCUCAGGAAAGAGGCUGCGGCCCCUCUCCUCUUCUUCCUCUUCUCGUCAACCGGGGAUCUCGGUGGCGAGACACAGCCUUGGAAGGACGAGUGGGGAAUAAGACAAGCAAGCCCAGAUGAAGAGGAGAGUGUGACAAGUUGGGCUCCGGUAGGGGCCUGGAAGGGACAGACGCUCACUGAGAAGUCAGCCACAGAGCAGGAAAGCAGCGGCAGCAGCAGAUCUGGAUCCCUAAAGCUGGCCUGCUGCUCCCAAAGAACGAACCAAUCAGAAGAUUACCUGCUUUUUCUGAGAAUGCCACACUUAAGUGACUGCAGUUACUACAAAAUGCGGGAUGCAACCAGAGCCUCGAAAGUUCAAAGCCACCUGGAGAACUCCAAGUUCCACCUCCACCAGAGCCAGAAUCAGCCGGUGAAGCAGUACCUGACGCUGGGCUCCAAACUGGCCUCCUCGGCCGGAUCAGGCCACGCCGUCCAGCACCCGCACACCCCCGGCCAGCCGCUGACCACCGUCCCCAUCAUGAGGAACGGACACAUGCCCCCCGUCAGUGACGGCAGCAACCCCAACAGCCCCGUCACCCUGCUCACGAUGGCCAAUCACGACAGCGAGUUUCCAAUGGAUGAAGUUAUUGAUGACCUAAUUAGUCUUGAGUCCGGUUUCAAUGAUGGAGGCUUGGAUUGUAUGGAGCCUAACAUCAUAAUGCAAAACAACGUGUCCCUCAGCAGCAGCAUGCUGGACGUCUAUGGGGGUGAACAAGGUAUGAACCCCCCUAAUGGUGGAAUGAGUCCCACAUCUAACCCCACAAAGCUCACUGUUAAAAGGGAAUACACAGAGCACGACACUAGGGUGAUGGCCAAAGAAAGGCAGAAAAAAGACAACCACAAUUUGAUUGAGAGAAGACGUCGAUACAACAUUAACUACAGAAUUAAGGAGUUGGGGACACUCAUACCAAAGUCAAAUGACCCCGACAUGCGGUGGAACAAAGGCACCAUCCUGAAGGCCUCGGUGGAAUACAUCCGGUGGCUGCAGAAAGAGCAGCAGCACGCUCGGGAGCUGGAGGGCCGCCAGAAGAAGCUGGAACAAGCCAACAGGAGGCUGCUAUUGAGGAUCCAGGAGCUUGAGAUCCAGGCGCGAGCACAUGGGCUCCCGAACAUGGCCGCCGCCUUGGGCACAGUGGAACUGUCCUCCCACCUCCUCAAACAACAACAGCAGCAGCAGCAGUCGCCCCCCCCUCAGCAGCCCGGUCAGCAGCAGCCCGGUCAGCAGCAGCCCGGUCAGCAGCAGCCGCCGCUCUACCAGGAGGACCCCAACGGCGACUACCUCCAGAGGAUAGCGGCGGCGGCGGGCGGCGUGGCGCCCCAGGACCACCUCCCGGGGGCCGACGCCUGCACCACCUUCUCCGACCCGCUCUCCCACUUCACGGACUUCUUCACCGCCACCUUGAAGGAGGAGCACCAGCUGGACGAGAUCCUGAUGGACGACCCGCUCUCGCCGUUCGGCGCCGACCCGCUGCUGUCCGCCGCCUCGCCGGGCGCCGCCUCCAAGGACAGCAGCCGCCGCAGCAGCUUCAGCUCCGCCGAGGGCGACGACCUAUAA